AGGGAGAGAGAGAGAGAGAGAGAGAGAGAGAGAGAGAUCUCCUCCAGCUGCUCCACUCCACUCCAGACCAUCCUCUUCAUCGCAGAUCCGCUCUCCCUCUGCGGUCGGAGAUACAAAGUCCAGCAGCUUGAAGAGUUUAUCCGCGGUUUGAUGAGGCUCCGUGGCUCCGCGGAGCGCCGGAAGGAGACGGGGGAGGAGGGGGCGGAGGCGCGGGGAGGCCGCGGAGGGGCUCCGGAGAUGCCGAGGGGGGCAGAGACGGAGAAACCGAGAGAGCGAGAGAUGGCGGCGGGAGGAAUCACCACGCUCCCGGCCGCACCGGACGACGGGGCGAGCGGAGGCUUUCCUUCGGGGAACUUCAAGGAGCCCAAGCGGCUUUACUGCAAAAACGGCGGAUACUUCCUGCGGAUCAACUCUGACGGGCGAGUGGACGGGAUCCGCGAGAAGAGCGACCCGCACAUCCGGCUGCAGCUCCAGGCCACGGCCGUCGGUGAGGUGGUGAUUAAAGGGAUCUGUGCAAACCGUUACCUCGCCAUGAACGCGGACGGACGACUGAUCGGAACGAGGAGAACAACAGAUGAAUGUUAUUUCCUGGAGCGCCUGGAGUCGAAUAACUACAACACGUACCGAUCCCGGAAGUACCCCGACUGGUACGUGGCUCUGAAGAGAACAGGCCAGUAUAAAUCGGGUUCGAAGACCAGCCCGGGCCAGAAGGCCAUCCUGUUUCUGCCCAUGUCAGCCAAGUGCUGAUGGAGAGAUGCUGUCAAACCUGAACCGAGAGCGACAGACCACUGACUCAGACGAUGAGCUCAUCCGGAUAAGUGCAGAUUCUUCAGCGUGUCUGGAAAAAACACUUCCCUUCAGCAUUUCUAUCUAGGAACGCUUCCCAAACAGAUGUACUUGGAGAGCAUUACAGGGUUUAUUUGUUCGUGUUCGGUCACCCUGGAGAUAUCAGCAAUAUCCUCAGAUGAGGCUUUCGUCAAUUCUGACAGGCGCGAUAUGAUCUCAGAUCCAACUUUCCAAAAUACAGUCUUAUUCCACUUGAUUCCCUCGAGCAAGGGCAGAAGGGUUGGUUCGGAGAGUUCACUGAUCUGCACUAAACCUGCACUAUUUCUCGCAGGAAUGUUUUUAGUUUGGCUACAAAAUGUGAGUUUACUUUAAUGCUGCUCCUUUAUGCAAAUAUAUGCAAGUA